AUGCCAUUGGCGCUGAAGAGAAACCAGGCGAACUACGACACUGCAGCCGAUGCUCUGUUGUCAAUACUCACAUUCAAGGAGCGCCUAUGGAUCCUGGAUGGUGACCAAGAAUUUUGGCCCGGCCUCCAUGCACUUACCACUGAGGGUUUCUGUCACACAUUCUAUACCAUGGGAGAGGUGCCACGCCUUAAAAUUCCCGGUGUACGGCUUUCCGAUGGUCCUCGGGGAUGUGUGAUGGGAAACUCCACGGCUUUCCCAGUUGCUAUGGCUCAACGCGCUCUCGGGGCGAACCAACACCCAAGCUGGGGCCGCAUCCAGGAGACGUAUGGCGAAGACCCAAUAAUCCUUGGAAAAAUGGCGACUGCAGUCACAAAAGGCGUGCAAGAAAACGUUAUGGGCUGCCUGAAGCACCUAGCUCUCAACUCAAUGGAAAACGCACGCUUCAAGGUGGAUGUCCAGGUCGACGAUGAUGUCCUUCAUGAAGUCUAUCUUCCGCACUUCCGCCACGUUGUGGAACAGGGGAUUGCGUCAGUCAUGUCUGCUUACAAUUCGGUUCGGGGACAGUUUGCCGGGCAAAGCAGAGAGCUUCUUAUGGAUAUCCUCCGUGAUAGAUGGGGCUUUAAGGGUUUUGUGGUUGAGGACUUUCUAUUCGGUUUUCGGGAUGUAGCCCUUUCACUAAAAAACGGGCUGGAUCUCGAAGCACCUUUCCGUCAGCAACGGGCACAACAUCUUGAGGCUGCACUCAUCAACGGCGAUGUAUCUCAAAGCGAUGUGGAUCGUGCUGGCCGCGCCAUCCUAAGAAGCCUUAUCGAGAAUGAAGAUAUUAUCUUCUAUGGCGAGCAUCGUAGCUUGGCUCGAGAGUCGGCAACCAGGCCUCUGUUGCCACUCGGAUCCGAUCUCUCCAGGGUGGCUGUAGUAGGGUGGCAAGCAGACUCCAAGAACACUGGAGGCAAAGGAUCGUCCCACGUCCGUUGUCCAGAGGUCAUCUCACCCUUUCAAGGGAUCAAGGAGGCGUUGCCCCACGCCGAGGUUGUAGUUGAGAGCUCGAAUGAUAUUUCGAAGGUCAAACGUGCCGCAGCUUCGGCCGAUGCUGUCGUCAUGGUUGUGGGAUACGAUUUCCACGACGAAGGAGAAUAUACAGCGCCGGCCUUCAAUGCCACACCAGCUCUCAGACAUGUCAUCCCCCCAGACGACGACUCAAAGGAAGCCAGAUCUGUGAUAGAACGGUUGAUGAACCCAGCCCCCAAGAAGGGGGAGCGUGGAAAGGACAACUACGGAUUCGGCACUGGUGGGACAGUUAUUGUCGAAGAAUGGAAAGAUUUGCCUUCUGCCAUCAUCUUCGGGUGGUAUUCCGGAUGCGAAGGCGGCUGUGCACUGGCGGAUCUUUUGCUGGGCAAGGUAAACUUUAGUGGCAGAAUCCCCUUUUGUAUACCUACAUGCGAGGAACAUCUGCCUAAAGCUGACAAUGAUGCCGAGGCGAUCAAGUACGACCGAUGUUACACGACCUUUUCAUUCGCCGAUCUGAGAGUAGACAAGACUGGGCUAGAUCAAGAACAGCUGAUCGUGCGUCUUCGAGUAUCAAACACAGGCGCUAAAGAGGGCCGAUAUGUCGCACAAGUAUAUGGUGUGGUAGAGGUACCAGAGUGGCCAAAAAGGAGCUUGCUCGGUUAUGGACUGGUGGACCUCGCCAGUGAAGAGGAGAAGGAUAUAGAAUUCAUGGUCUCAACCAGGCCCUUGCAGCGUUGGAAAAGUGGUUCAUGGGCCCUAGCUAGUAGGCUAGUUGAAAUUGAGGUUGGUGGAUAUUCAGGUGAUGAGAGCAGCUUGAAAUUGAAACUGGAGAUGUAA